ACUCUCUCUCUCUCUCUCUUCUUUCUGUCAUCGAAAAGAGAAACAACAAAGCGGUUAUAAUGGCACCGAAACAGAAAGUUUCCGGCGCCGUCGCCGUAACCGUUGCCGGCGAUACAACGGCGGCGAAGGAGAUUCGUUACAGAGGUGUGAGGAAGAGACCUUGGGGUAGAUAUGCGGCGGAGAUCAGAGAUCCAAGUAAGAAGAGUCGAGUUUGGUUAGGUACUUUUGAUACGGCGGAAGAAGCGGCUAGGGCUUAUGAUAUCGCCGCUAGAGAAUUCAGAGGCGUUAAGGCCAAAACUAACUUUCCUUCUUCAUCCGAGUUAAUCGCAAACGCUAUGAUUAUGAACAAUAACAACAAGAACAACAACAGCGAUCGUAGCCCUAGUCAGACGAGUACGGUUGAAUCGUCAAGCUAUCCGCAACCGCAACCGCUGAUCUCUUCUUCAUCUGGUCUAGAUCUAAACCUAGGUCAUUUUAGCAGCGUCGGUUACUUCCCCUGUGUUAUACCUUCAGCUCGUCCGUUGUUCUUUCUUGAUCAAAUCACGAGAUCUGGACAGAAUCUGUUCAGAUUGAACCGUCCUGCGACGGAGGCGGUGGAGUUUCAUACGGUACAGAGUGAAUCUGAUUCGUCUUCGGUGGUGGAUAACAAUGAUUCUGGACGAAGUUCAUUCAGGAAAGUUCUAGAUCUGGAUCUAAACUUGCUACCAUCGGAAGCGAUUUAAAUUAAAUAUCGUUUUCUAUUAGUUUUGAUUUUGUUAAUCCAGAAUGGAAUGGAUUGGAAUGAAUCUGAUUUAGAUGAAGAUGAAGAUCAUCAUAUGAUAUGAAGAGCGAUUUGCUUUUAAUAUGUAUUGUGUUCUUAUCUGUAUAAAUUGACCUUUGGUUUUGGUUUCAAUUUUUGAUUAUGAUAGAUUUACUUCAUCCUGUUUGUUUUUGUUCAUUAGAACUUCAAUAAUAACAUGAACAAGGAAGAAGAUGAUGAUAAUGAUUAUAUAAUAUUUUGAAUUU